AGAUCAAAUGAAAAAAAGGAAGAGAAAAGGAAGCGAGCUGAAAAUCCUGUGAACAUGCGCCACGGAGAGCUCGUAGAGGAAUUUAAGAAAAAACUUGGAUGUGUCCUAUGGAAAACAAAGGCUAAUGAAUACAAAGAAUAUGUGAAAAAUCUAAGGGCUGGACAGUUUUUCAGUGUAGCUUUUAAAGACGGAUUGCAAGCUGGAAUCCGGGUGAGUGCAGCACCAGAAACAAUAAUUGGAGGAGGCUGGAUUGUUGAAGCUGUCGAACAGUUGGCAUCAUUCUCCCAGAUUAGAGAUGGCGACAUUCUUGUUAAAGUGAAUGACAAGGCAUGUAUAAAGUAUCGUUAUCAACGCAUACAGGAUAUGUUGUCUGCAAGGUCACUUGCCAACCUA